AUGCACGCUGCCUCCCUCCUGCAGCCCGCCCUGCUGCUCUGCUGCCUGGCCGCGCUCCUGCCUGCCCGGCCCGAGACGCUGUUCCACAGCCGGGACCGCUCAGACCUGCGGCCGCCGCCCGGGCGCCGUGCCCAGCCCAUCGCUGACCUCCCGGGGGCGCAGCGGUUCCUGUCCAAGUACGGCUGGGCCGAGCCGCAGCCGCGCUCCCGGGCUCCGGCCCCCCUGGCCCAGGCCGUGCGCAGGUUCCAGAAGGUCAACGCGCUGCCGGCGAGUGGCCAGCUGGACGCGGCCACGCUGGCAGCCAUGAACAGGCCCCGCUGCGGCGUCCCCGACACGCCGGCCCGGCCGCCCAGGGCCCGGCCCAAGCGCUCCCCGCGGCCGGCUGGGGCCCCCCACGUCUUCCCCAGGCGCACCCUGACCUGGCGGCUGAUGGGCGAGGGCUACACGGGCCAGCUGGCCGCGGCCGAGCAGAGGCGGGUCCUGGCGCUGGCCUUCCGCAUGUGGAGCGAGGUGGCGCCCCUGCAUUUCCGCGAGGACCUCACGGGACCCGCCGCCGCCGUGGACAUCAGGCUGGGCUUCGGCCGAGGCCGGCACCUGGGCUGCCCUCGGGUGUUCGACGGGAGUGGACAGGAGUUCGCGCAUGCCUGGCGCCUGGGGGACGUCCACUUUGAUGACGACGAGCACUUCACCCCUCCCACCAGCGACGCGGGCAUCAGCCUCCUCCGGGUGGCCGUGCAUGAGAUUGGCCACGUGCUGGGUCUGGCGCACAGCUACAGGCCGGGCUCUAUCAUGCAGCCCAACUACCCGCCGCAGGCACCCAGGUUUGAGCUGGACUGGUCUGACCGCAGGGCCAUCCAGAAGCUGUACGGCGCCUGCGAAGGGCCCUUCGACACGGCCUUCGACUGGGUCCGCAGAGAGCGGGGCAGCGACGGGCGCGUGAGCGUGCGCUUCAGCACCUACUUCUUCCGCCGCGGCUGGUACUGGCUGUACGAGAACCGCAACAACAGGACCCGCUACGGGGACCCGCUGCCCCUCCUGCUGGGCUGGCACGGGAUCCCCCCGCGCGACAUCGAUGCCUUCGUGCACGUCUGGGCCGGCACGAGAGACGAGCGCUACUUUUUCAAAGGGAUGCAGUACUGGAGGUACGACAGCGAGAAGGAUCAGGCCCACAGCAGGGACGAGCAGGGGCGAAGUUACCCCAGGCUCAUUUCGGAGGGGUUCCCCGGCGUCCCGAGCCCCCUGGACACCGCCUUCUACGACCGACAGAAGCAGCUGAUUUUCUUCUUCCAAGGGGCCUUGGUGUUCGCGUUCGACGUCGGCAGCAACCGAGUCCUGGACUCUUACCCGAGGAAGAUCACGGAGGUCUUCCCGGCCACGCGGCCCCGAGACCACCCGCUCAGGAGCCUGGACGCCGCCUACUACUCCUACGCCCACCGCGCCCUCUUCCUGCUCAAGGGCCGCCACUACUGGCAGGUGGCCCGGGAGCCGCCCGACGCCCUGCUCCCCAGGCGGCCCGUCUCGGGGACGUGGCUCGACAUCUGUGACGUGCACACGUCCGCCCUGAGCAUGUGA